UAUUUAAAUCAAUUGAGUGACAUAAUUCCGGUCUAACCGCUCCUGUGCUUACGCAUUGACAUUUAGCUCAUUCCUUUUUCGUGCGCGGUAACUAUCGCACGCGCCCUUCAAGCAACAUGCCGAAAAGAAGUGCGCAAUCAAAAAUUGAUCACUACACUAGAAAAAUUCGAAAAAUUGAGGAAAAAGAACGAAAAAGACGGAGAAUAAUACCGUUACAAAUAUCAUCAUCAGAAGAUGAAGGUAACGAACACUCGGAUGUGGCUCAAGUAGUCGAGAUGGAAACCAACAUGGAUUCAAUAUCCGUGCCACCGGACAUUAUACCACAAGAUGGAGAACUGGAAUUUAAAGAUACCCUCGACGAUACUGCGGCGGAAUCCUGCCCUCGAGAAAACUCCACUGGGUUCGUAGAACCCGAAUUAGAUCCGGAUUUAUUGUCGGCAUUAGGUGAAUCCACGUCCGACUUGCCUGAUUAUGGCGAAAGCAUCCACUCCAAUUUAUCGCAAUUAUGGCAACCUUUGCUAAAGAAAGGAAUGCCAAAAGAGAAUAAAGACAAGCUAUUGAAAGAGUACCUUGUACCAGAUAACUGUAGGCUCUUGCAAGCACCAAAACUAAAUGCUGAAAUUUCGGCAGCAGUACCGGAUAUGGUUCGAAACCGUGAUAAGACACUUAUCGCGUCUCAACAACAGCUAGGUGCCGGCAUCACUGCCAUCAAUAGAGGCAUGGAUGUACUCUUGAAGAACGACAACAAGGUCCAGGCUAUGAAACAUUUCAGCAAUGGUUGCCGGUUAUUGUGCGACUCACACUUCUUAGCAACACAGGCACGAGUGAAAUUAAUCACUCCUAGUUUGGACAAAGCCUUUUUAAACGUCAUUACUGACGCCGAGCGAGACGAAUCUCUGUUUGGGUCAUCCUUGUCCGAAAAGAUUAAAGCCGCAAAAACCAUUGAAAAGCAGGGUCUUUCCAUUAAAAAGCCCGCUAAGGUUACAAAACCACCACAGCAAGUUUUCAGCUCCCGUACACCAUACCAGGGAAACUGGAACCCGCCCCCUCCGCGUUAUCCGGCGAACAGGGGGGGGCGAGGUGCAUACAGGAGGCCGCCAUCGGCAGGGAAUCGCCGCCCGAACUCAGCGUCUACGCAACCAACACACCGUCCGGCGACCCAAGACAAAUCUCGAGCCCCAGCUGCGAGUCACCGUUAACGCAGGGCAUACCACCCCCUGCACAAGAAUCUUACCCUGGGUGUCGCGAGGCUCUCCGGCAGGCUUACAGCCGACGGGGCGCCUGUGCUGAAUCGGCUGCGCUGAUGCUAUCGUCCUUCUCCAACAGUACAAUUCAGCAGUAUAACACAUCACUUAAGCUCUGGUGGCAAUACUGUACAACAAACAAUAUUGAUAUAUUUAAUCCUCCUAAAAGUUCGUUACUCUCAUUCUUAGCGGCACAAUUUAACAACGGAUGUGCGUAUGGCAGUCUCAAUUCCCAUCGUUCGGCUUUAUCUGCCUUUAUCGGUGAUAAUAUUGGUUCAAACGAAUCUAUAAAACGUCUUCUUAAAGGUGCGUUUAAACUACGACCCGCAAAACCCAAGUACUCCACCACCUGGAAUCCUCAAUUGGUGUUAGAUUUUAUUUCAACUUGGUUUCCUAACAGUGAGCUACCACUAGAAAAGAUUACUAAAAAACUAGUCAUAUUAUUAGCUAUUUGUACAGCUCAUAGAGUACAGACCCUCUCUCUAAUUAAACUCGAGAAUAUACAUAGUUCAAACGAUGGCAUGAAAAUUGUCAUCACAGAUCUUAUCAAAACAUCAGCACCCGGUAGGGAACAGCCAGUUUUAUACCUGCCAUACUUCCGAAACAAUUUACGGAUUUGCCCAGCUACAGUACUCUCAGAUUAUAUUUCUAGUACUAAAAAUAUAAGACCUGAGAGUACAAACACUCUAUUGAUGACAUACAAACGACCACACAAACCUGCUACAACACAAACCAUCAGCCGAUGGAUCAAACAAGUACUGUUCGAGAGCGGCGUAGACAUCGGCGUAUUCGGUGCUCAUAGCACCAGGCAUGCAUCCACCUCGGCUGCCAGCUUAGCCGGGGUUAACAUAGAAACCAUUCGCAAAACCGCAGGGUGGACAAACUCAUCUACCGCAUUUGCCCGGUUUUAUAAUAGGACCAUUAUAAAUGAAGGUGAUUUUGCUAGAUCCGUAUGCCUGUCAUCAGAAGCCCAAUGAAUACUAUUUUUUUUUUUCUCUCUUGGUUGAUUGUCUCUAUCACAAAAUGAUUGUUUAAUUUAAGAAUAGUUUAAGUACCUAUAAGAUAAAACUGUUAGCAGGAUAACAUUUAAGUUCGCAUAAACAAUUGAAUUACAUUCUUUAUUGUAAGACUGAUUGGUUUAAUACAUAAAACAAUAAUGUUAACAUUAUCGUUUCAUUUAUCUAUUUCCUGUUCCAAAACUUUCUGACUCUUAACAUCUACGUUGUAAUAAUCAUAUCUGAAAAAUGAAGCAACGAAUUAUAAUAUAUGAUCAAACGAACUUGCAAGUGAAGUUCGAUCAUUAUUAUGAUGAGUUGCUUCAUUUGAAGAUAUGAGGUCCCUCCUCCCUGGUUGAAUACACCCAAAUGAUAAGAAAGUUUUGGAACCUUAACCUUGACUCUAAAAAAUGAGCUAAAUGUCAAUGCGUAAGCACAGGAGCGGUUAGACCGGAAUUAUGUCACUCAAUUGAUUUAAAUAUCUUUAAAAAAUGUGCGAUGUUACCAAGUAAGUAGGGAAACUACGUUGUAAUAAUCAUAUCUUCAAAUGAAGCAACUCAUCAUAAUAAUGAUCGAACUUCACUUGCAAGUUCGU